GAGAAGAGGCGAAACAAACAAACAAACAAAAUGGAGUACGGCCUGCACACUAUGAGAACAACAACCGCCUCAGCGAAAGUGCAGUCUCAUUGAGACCGCUUCAUUUCCAAGAAGCAGAAGUUAAAGACAUUUCCUAAAAAAAAAAAAAAAAAAAAAAAAAAAAGGCUGCGGCCUGUGGUUAUCAGGAGAGGCCAGACCGAGGGUCAAGAGCUUGUAACUAUUGUUCGAACCCUAUAUCUGUUGUGUGGCGUGUAAACCCUAUAAAAACCCUUUCCUACUGAGCACCAGGGUCGCCUCCUCUGACUCCUGCGUGAGUUACGAGACGACCCGGAGCUCCGAAAUAAACCUCACCUCGUGCGUUUGCAUCAAGUCGGCUCCUCGUUUUCCUCUGAGGUGCGCGUCUGCCUGGGUAGAGGAAAGCUUCGCCUUUCAUUUGGGGGCUCGUCCGGGAUCAACGACGAACACCUCAGGAAACGAUGACCCCUUGGAGGUGAGCUUUUUGUGUGAAUGUUUGUGGCGCCACAUGAGAGCUUGUGAGCUUGUGUAGAUUGAGAUUAAGAGUUUGUGGUUUGUGUAACUGAGCAGGCUUUGUUGGGAUAAUAUUGUUUUUAACGUUAUUUCUUUCCUUUAUCUCUGUUUCUUUUGUGUCUCUAAGAGUUUGUGGUUUGUGUAACUGAGAGCUUUGUUUUUAACGUUAUUUGUUUCCUUUAUCUCUGUUUCUUUUGCGUCUCUCGAAAUUUAAAUUAGUGCCCAUCCCUCUAUGUCAUAGGCUGCAUACCGUUGACCAAGUCUGAGACUAGGUCUGGAUCUAGCCGCACCUAAGCCCCUUUUAAGGGUGCCUUAGAAAGCAAGGGGGUCCAGACUGAACCUCGUGACUCAACGGCAGGGUCUCCUUAAAUAAGCCUACUGUUGACCAGGUCUGGGACUAAGGAUUCUUUCCUGAACCUCGUGACCCAACAGUCCAUAAUCCCCAACUUCAGUAAGAAAAACACUUAGGGAUACACGGAUAAGAUUCUCAUUCUCUCACUCUCUCUCUCUCUCUCUCUCUCUCUCCAUUAACCUCUGAAAAUGUUUUAAGUGUGUGAGAUUGGGAGCUCACUGUUGCAUAGAUAUCUUAAGCAUCAGAGACCAAGUGAAUGUUACUUUUGUGGGUGAUUGGGUGAGAACAUACCUCGGUACCCUUGUAAGUUCAGGGAAUGCUUUUUGUGCCGCCUCUGUGUCCAUAAGUAUAUUUGUUGAUUUUCACCUGAGAGUCACACUCAACAUUACGGGGAUAGGUACGGGACAGGAACCCCUUUGUGCAAAAAAAAAAUUUUUAGAUGUGCCUGAUUAAUUGUAUUGAUUUUUUAUGUUCUACCUGUGUAAGGAUAGGAGUCAUAAUUGUCAGGGUUGUGUUAUGUUGUUUUGGAAGUAAGGGUCACGGGGAAACUGAAGCUGCUGGGUCAGUAAAGGUCUGACAGACUUUAAAGAGGUUUCUGAGUAGCACGUGUGGGGGACAGACGUGUCCGGCACCACAGGCUACGGCCCUGAGGGACGCCUCACGGGUGAAAAUAGGCAACCUUUGCCUAUAGGUGAAACCUAGCUGGUCCUUGUGGAGUGAAUGAGGGGACGAAGUCUCCGCCCUUCUGAAAUUUUGAUAAGAUCUCUUCCGUGGUGUAAAAGUCGUGGAGAGCGAGAAACCGUUUCUGUGUGUGUGUGUCUUAUUAUAAUUUUUUUUUUUUUUUUGUAUUACUGAUAACCAUGGGGCAGUCCCGAUCCACCCCUCUGUCAUUAACAUUGGCACAUUGGCCAAAAGUAAAAGCACGAGGGCAAAACCUGUCUCUUAUUAUCAAGAAGGGGGAUUGGCAAAAUUAUUGCGAAAGUGAAUGGCCAACUUUUAAAGUAGGAUGGCCACGGUCAGGUACAUUUGACAUCCAUACCAUACGGGCAGUCCGAAUGUCUAUUUUCUCCUCAAUAGGAGGCCAUCCUGACCAAGAACCAUAUAUCACAGUAUGGGAAGACUUGGUGAUGUAUCCGCCGGACUGGGUCCGACCAUUUCUUCCAAAUGAUAAAAUAAGAGUCCUAGCCCCAUCCUACUCAUACUUUAGCCGGGGCGUACCUGUGACAACCAGGACUCUGGCUCUCACAGGAGUAGAAGAAGGGGUGACCAAUAAUGGGGGAGAUUAUGAAAAAUUGAAAGAACCAAGCCCUAAGACCAAGGUAUAUCCAGAGGUCGAGGGACCCCCUGAAUGGACUCCACCUGUAUCCACACUAUACCCACCGCCCCCCCCAACUGGACCCCAGUCCCCAGACGAGGGAGUACCUGUGCCAUAUAACCCGGGGGGUUGGGAAGAAGGACCCUAUACCGGUACCAGGAGUAAACGGGGGAUAACACCUGAGGGACCAGACUCCACUGUAGCCUUACCACUCCGGGCGGUGGGGCCAGCCCCCACAGAGCCAGAUGAGUUACAACCAUUACAGUACUGGCCCUUUUCGUCCUCCGAUUUGUACAACUGGAAAGCAAAUAACCCUUCUUUUUCUGAGAACUCUGCUGCCCUCAUAGGACUAGUCGAAUCCCUGAUGUACUCCCAUCAGCCCACAUGGGACGACUGCCAGCAGUUACUUCAAACACUUUUCACCACAGAGGAGCGAGAACGAAUCUUCUCGGAGGCACGGAAAACCCUACAGGAAGGCCAACCAGGCCAACCCCCUCGAACAGGAAUGGAAGUGGAAGCGUUGUUCCCAGCAGCGCGACCGCAAUGGGACUAUAAUACAGCAGCAGGUAGGGAACGACUGUCCAUAUACCGCCGGGCUCUGGUAGCAGGACUAAGAGGGGCAGCCAGGAAACCUACCAAUCUGGCAAAGGUGAGAGAAAUUAUGCAGGGGCCUAAUGAACCACCCUCGGUGUUCCUAGAACGUAUCAUGGAGGCCUAUCGUAUUUAUACCCCGUUUGAUCCCGAAUCUAGGGGACAGCGGGCCUCCGUUAUCAUGUCCUUCAUUGGACAAGCUGCACCAGACAUAAAACGAAAACUGCAGCAUAUCGAGGGAUUGCAGGAUUACACCCUGCAAGAUAUUGUUAAAGAGGCUGAAAAAGUGUUCCAUAAAAGGGAAACUGAGGAAGAAAAGUGGGAGAGGGAAAAGAAUGAGAGAGAGAAGGAAGAAAUACGGAGACAAAAGAGACAGGAUAAGAAUUUAACAAGAAUACUUACUACAGUAAUGGCCGAGGGGAAACGCCAAGGGGAAAGACAGGCGAGAGGAGGAAGGGACCUGGGCGACAAUGACAGGAAUAAGGGACCCAGAAGACUGGGAAAAGAUCAAUGUGCCUUCUGCAAGGAACAUGGGCAUUGGGCCCGUGAAUGCCCCAAGAAAAAGGGAAAGAGAGUGCUAACCCUGGAGGAAGAUGAAGAUUAAUGGGGUCAGGGCCCGGAACCCCUCCCCGAGCCUAGGAUAACGUUAAAUGUGGAGGGGACCCCAGUAAAUUUUUUGAUUGAUACUGGGGCAGAAUAUUCCGUACUGAAAACCUCAUUAGGGACUGUAACUAACAAACAGACCAUGGUAAUUGGAGCAACAGGUCGAAAAGAAUACCCCUGGACAACUAAUCGAACUAUUGACUUGGGAACUAACCAAGUAUCCCAUUCUUUUUUGUUAAUACCCGAGUGCCCUACCCCCCUCCUCGGGCGAGACCUGUUAACAAAAAUGAAGGCUCAGAUAAGCUUUACUUCUGCUGGCCCUGAGAUCGCCCUUGCAGGCGGAAAGCCAAAAACAUGCAUAUUGUCCCUGCACUUGGGGGAGGAAUAUAGACUAUACCAAAACCCUAAGGAGAACCUGGAUAACCUUGAAAAAUGGCUCAAGCAGUAUCCGAAGGCAUGGGCCGAAACUGGGGGCAUGGGGGAAGCGGUGAACAUCCCUCCCAUAGUGAUCGAGCUACAAUCAAGUGCCACCCCAAUAAGCGUAAAACAAUACCCAUUGUCAAAAGAGGCAGUAGCAGGGAUACGACCUCACAUCAACAAGCUUGUACAACAAGGGAUUCUUGUGCCUUGUAAAUCUCCCUGGAACACACCACUCCUGCCGGUAAAGAAACCUGGGACUGGGGAUUAUCGGCCAGUACAGGACUUGCGGGAAGUCAACAAAAGAGUCCUUACCUUACAUCCUACGGUACCCAACCCAUAUAAUCUCUUAAGCUCUCUUCCCCCAGAUCGUACCUGGUAUACAGUCCUUGACCUAAAGGAUGCAUUUUUCUGCUUGCGACUGCAUCCAGUGAGCCAGUUAAUUUUCGCUUUCGAGUGGAGAGAUCCUGAAAGUGGGAGAGUGGGUCAACUCACGUGGACAAGAUUACCACAAGGAUUUAAGAAUUCUCCUACCUUGUUUGAUGAAGCCCUCCACAAGGACCUGGCAACUUUCCGGGCACAAAACCCACAGGUAACUUUACUCCAAUAUGUAGAUGACCUCCUACUCGCGGCGUCCACCAAAGAGAACUGCCUGAUGGGAACUCGCAGACUACUGGUUGAACUUGAAAGGUUGGGGUACCGUGUCUCAGCGAAGAAGGCACAAAUCUGCCGGAAAGAGGUAACCUAUCUGGGAUAUGCUCUAAAGGAUGGUAAAAGGUGGCUGACGGAAGCCCGAAAGAAGGCCAUCUUGCAGAUCCCCACCCCGUCAACCUCUCGACAGGUGCGUGAGUUCCUGGGAACGGCGGGGUUCUGUCGUCUGUGGAUACUUGGGUUUGCUAGCUUGGCUGAACCACUAUAUCCACUCACAAAAAAAAAGGGAGAAUUCGUAUGGGGCAAAGAGCAGGAGGAGGCCUUCACCAACAUAAAGAAGGCGCUGUUAAGUUCCCCUGCUCUGGCGUUACCUGACCUCACCAAACCAUUUACUCUGUUCGUGGAUGAGCGAAAGGGAGUGGCCCGGGGUGUGUUAACACAGAGACUUGGACCCUGGAAACGGCCAGUGGCAUACUUGUCAAAGAAAUUAGACCCCGUGGCCAGUGGAUGGCCUGCCUGCCUUAAAAUAGUGGCUGCCACAGCAGUCUUGGUAAAAGACUCUGAUAAACUUACUUUUGGACAACCAAUUACAAUCAUUGCAGCCCACUCCCUGGAAAGCAUUAUUCGGCAACCUCCUGACCGAUGGUUAACAAAUGCCAGGAUGACUUACUAUCAGAGUCUGUUACUAACUGAACGUAUUAAGUUUGCCCCUCCAGCCAUCCUGAACCCAGCCACACUGAUGCCUGAAGCAAGAGAGAGUGACCAGCCUCUCCAUGAAUGCCAAGAGGUUCUAGCCGAAGAAGUGGGCAUUCGCGCAGACCUGACUGACCAGCCUAUGGAAGGAACCCCCUCGUGGUUCACCGAUGGGAGCAGCUACCUGCUGGAAGGAAAGCGUAAGGCUGGCGCAGCCGUAGUGGACGGGAAACGGGUCGUGUGGGCUAGCUCGUUGCCAGAGGGGACCUCUGCCCAGAAAGCCGAACUAGUAGCCCUCAUACAGGCCCUGAGGCUGGCUGAAGGAAAAGUGAUUAACAUAUUUACCGAUAGCAGAUAUGCCUUCGCAACUGCUCACGUCCAUGGGGCAAUAUACAGACAGAGGGGGCUCUUGACAUCAGCGGGGAAGGAAAUUAAGAACAAAGAGGAAAUUUUAAAUCUCCUAGAAGCCGUACACCUCCCCAAAAAGGUGGCCAUCAUACAUUGCCCAGGGCAUCAAAAAGGAGAUGACUGGGUUGCAAGAGGGAAUCGAAUGGCAGACACAACUGCCAAAGAGGCCGCACUAGAGGCCAUGAUACUCUCCGUAAAACUUGACGACAAACAGACAGUGGAAGGAAAGGAAGAAACAAACCUAUCCGCUGAGGAAGGGAAAGCUUACAUCGAUAAAAUGCACCGACUUACGCAUUUGGGAACUGAAAAACUUAUCACACUAGCAAAAAAAUCACGCUACAAGGUCCAGGACCUACGGAAAACUGUGGAACGUAUCGUACAAAAUUGCGAGGCAUGUGCCUUUACAAAUGCAGGACAUACUAAAGGAACCCAAGGAAAGAGACUGAGAGGAGAUCGACCAGGAGCAUAUUGGGAAGUAGACUUUACGGAAGUAAAGCCUGCCUGGUACGGUAACAAAUAUUUGUUAGUGUUUGUAGAUACCUUCUCUGGAUGGGUCGAAGCAUACCCUACAAGGAACGAAACAGCACUAGUAGUGGCAAAAAAGAUCCUGGAAGAGAUUUUUCCCCGGUUCGGUAUUCCCAAGGUAAUCGGGUCAGAUAAUGGACCUGCCUUUGUCGCCCAGGUAAGUCAGGGAGUAGCCAGACAAUUGGGGAUUAACUGGAAGCUCCAUUGUGCAUACCACCCUCAAAGUUCAGGACAGGUAGAAAGGAUGAAUAGGACCUUGAAAGAAACUUUAACUAAAUUAGUAGCGGAGACCGGCGGGAGGGACUGGACAGUCUUUCUCUCCCUCGCUCUGUUUAGGGUUCGAAACACCCCAGGACCUACGGGGCUCACCCCUUAUGAAAUCUUGUAUGGGAGUCCCCCUCCUCUGACAGAAAUAGUGGGGACUGAUGAACCUGUUGUGCCCUCUCUUACUCUUGCAGCACGCCUAAAAGCGUUGGAAGUAGUUAGAAAAGAAGUUUGGGAACAGUUGAAGAACCUCUACGACCCAGGCGAGGUGUCGAUGCCCCAUUCGUUCCAGGUCGGAGACAAAGUUCUGAUUAGACGACACCGAUCAGAGACGCUCGAACCUCGGUGGAAGGGACCGUAUGUGGUAUUGUUAACAACUCCCACCGCUGUAAAAGUCGAUGGGAUUACUGCGUGGGUACAUUCAGCGCAUGUAAAAAGGGCACCUAGAGAUAUACAAAAGGAUGAUUGGGUGGUGGAAAAGACUGAUAAUCCUCUUAAGCUUCGUGUGUUUCGGAAACCAAACCGAAACACCUAGGGAAAAUCUGUUGGUGGGACUAAUCCAAGAUUUCGGGAAGGCCCAAAAUGCAACCAGUAUCACUGCUUGUUUACCAUUACCACAAGCAGCUGGGGAGCCUAUUCCGUGGGGUAUAAUCCCGGCGGGACCACUACCAAAAUAUAAAAAUAAUGUAAUCUUUAUUUCUUAUAAGUGUGUUUUAGGACUGUGCUUAAAGGGGUGGAAGAAGACUCCAAAAUGACAUCCAUAAUGUUAUAAGCAUAGAAUAGAAAUAUAAUGUUAGUAAGUGUUAGUCCUGACCACUGGCCUGGCCUCUCCAGAAAUUCUAAGAUUAGAAAUGUACAAAAGAAAAAGAGGGGAAUGAGAAGAGGCGAAACAAACAAACAAACAAAAUGGAGUACGGCCUGCACACUAUGAGAACAACAACCGCCUCAGCGAAAGUGCAGUCUCAUUGAGACCGCUUCAUUUCCAAGAAGCAGAAGUUAAAGACAUUUCCUAAAAAAAAAAAAAAAAAAAAAAAAAAAAGGCUGCGGCCUGUGGUUAUCAGGAGAGGCCAGACCGAGGGUCAAGAGCUUGUAACUAUUGUUCGAACCCUAUAUCUGUUGUGUGGCGUGUAAACCCUAUAAAAACCCUUUCCUACUGAGCACCAGGGUCGCCUCCUCUGACUCCUGCGUGAGUUACGAGACGACCCGGAGCUCCGAAAUAAACCUCACCUCGUGCGUUUGCAUCAA